UUGCAUGACUAGUAUAGCGGUUAUGCGUGCAGAUAUCGUAGUGCUCGCGGUCCGGACACCAUCUUCAUAGUUUUAAUAAUAUCAAGUCUUCGCAACCUUCAAGAAAACCGCUUCUUCUCUCCUAUACAUCUUGCAGUAGCAACGGUCGUAUCUGAGUCUUCGUCACUAUUGUUUCUAGUGUUUUUUUUUUUUGGUGCUUUGGUGAAUUUAUUACUGUGUAGGAAAAAAAUUAUAAUCUCAGUGAAAUUAGGGUUAGUUCUACCUGUUGCUGGUCGGCGAUUUUUUAUUCUCACUGUGUGGAUUAAAGCGAGAGGAAGAAGGAUAAAAGCGGGAUGGUAUGUUGAUGUUGCUGAUGGCUGGACGAAGACGUGACGCCGCUCGCAUGCAUCUACAAUUAUGGUUCCAAGAAACCGAUCCAAUGAGUUAGCUGUAAUGGAUAACAAGAGAUCUUUACAAGUCCUAAUGGCAAACUGGAGAAGAGGUACGAGGCAACAACCGCUACUCGACACCUAGUUCCUAGCGUGCCAUGAAACCCAUAACAUUCGAGAACCUCCGUCGACUCGUCGGCGGAGGUCGUAAAAAGAAAGAAAAGGAAUCUUCUUUUAAAAGAAGCGAUUCCUUCAAAAGGAUAUCUAUACGUAGAAGUUAUUUAGAUCGAGGGAAGAAGAAACACAUUUCCAAAUUGGAAGUGUCGACUCAAACUGUUACAGAAGAAGAAGAAAUCGCCGAAACACCCCCGAAGAAAUUCAUUAAUUUAGUACAAGUAGAAAAAAGAGACGUAGCCGUAGCUACGAACGACCUAACAAUAAAACACGAAGUGAAGUGUGGCAAUAAGUACAAAUUAGAGCAAAGUAAGAGCGGACCCGGUCAAAGUGUUAUUGCAUACGGACAAUGGUUGAGGGGAAUUAGAAAAAGUGAUACGCCUAACCCUAGCGGAAUUAAAGGUUCCGAACGAACAAUUAUAUACGUACCAGCUUCGGAUGAAAUUACCGCCCCACCAGUUAUCCGACAAUUAUCUUCUUCGCCGGUAUUACGAAAAAAACCUCCGAGUCCUAAGCGAAAACCGAAACAAAGAAGUCCCAGUUUACAUAGAAAAGAAAGCAAUGAUUCAGCAGUCGAAAUGUUUCCUUGGGGAGACAGUACGGAUAUCAAAAAGUCUCCAUUGAUUAGAAGAAGAUCUCGUCAAUCACCGUUACCUCUUCUACCUGAUUCUGGUGCUGAAGAAUUGUGUUCUUUGUCUAUAAGUUUAGGAAGGAUUUGGAUGGACGCGCCCACCGGCAUGGCUCCAAGGAGUUUGGAAAUGCCGAAAUCUUCUGGACUACCGGCUCCGGCUCAUCAUUCUUUAGACAGUGCUCUUAAAGACUUGAGAGAUGAUCCAAUCGUUAUAAAUAGAUUACAAAAGCGACCUACUCCUCCAGUGGGGAGAACUUUGUCUUCUACUAGCAAUACGACUGCUUCUACUGGUUUAUUUUCUAGUAAAGAUUCGGGAUUUUCGUUUUCUAUUUCGGCUCCAAAACUUAGUGAUUUUCAUUCAAACUUCGCACCUUCAACUUCUCGAGGUCUUUUUAGAAAAAAACGACCAAAACCGAAGUUAUCAGUAAGCAGAGAUGGUUAUUUCAAACGGACAAGCGGUGCUUUGGUAGUAGAUACGAAAAGAAGUUCGGUUAGAAGAAAAAACAGUGGUAGAAAAAGGAACAAAAAGAAAAAGGGUAAUAAAGAUAACGGUUCUAUUAAAAGUGAACUGUAUCAAGUCGUCGUAAGCAGACCUUCUAAAUCGCUGCGUGCUUUAAAAUUAGAUCCGAUGAUUUUCGUUCCUCCCGAAAGGAGAAAAACUCCUGUAAGUAACAAACCUUCCUUUAAAUGCGGUCUUAAUGAAAUAAGAAAUAUGAAUCCUUCAAAUAAUUCCCUGUAUACUACCAGAAGCGCUUGUAGCACCGAUGAAGGUUUAUAUGAAAGCCUACCCGGAGAAUACGAUUAUUUAUCCGACGAAUUAACUUAUAAUAUGUCAAGACUUACUUUGACGAAUGACGAAUACGAUAAUUUCGCUUGUGGUUCGCCAAUAUCGGAAAAAUCAAACGCGAGUGAUAGCUCGAGAAGUGAAAGUUUGUAUAUGCCACCAGGAGUAUCACCUGUACCGAAAAGGAAGCCAGUUCGACAGAAAAAAACCGGAUUGAGUCAUAAACGCAGCAUAACUUACGUAGUUAAACCUACAAUUAUCAGAGCUCCUUCGACUUUACGGCGACAAAAUAAGAAAGGUGACAUCACACAAAAAGGAUAUGAAAAGAAACGAACCAGACUACUUACCCCUUACAUUCCAAAACAUAACCCAACUGGUAGCGGUAGCGGCGGUGAUAACAGCGGCGGUGGAAACAGCGGUGAUGGUAGCGGUGGUGGUGGUCUUGCGGGAAAUGGGAAACAACAUCACACUCGACGACGUACUCAACGUAGAGUCACGCACAACGAAAAACGUUACCAUUCAGAAGUUAGACAAGAAGCCGUACAACAGGCACUCGCACAAGCUUUGCAAAACAGGCACAAACCUUCUAUGCCGAUGCCGUCCAAGAGAACCUCCGUGAUGGCGAGGAGUCCCGAUCGAGACAGACAUGAUUCCGAAUCUUCGUCCGAUGAAGAUAGCAUUGUAAUUGAGGAGACGGUGGAAAGUACCCCCGAAAGAGAACGAGUAAGAGACCGUGGUACUCCUCAGAUAUUUCCGCCGCCACCGUUAUCGGAUACAAGUAGUACCGGCUCUCCUCCACCGUUACAUCAUAGGCCUCGAAUGCCGCCGCCAAAUAACUGGGAAGAUAAAAGAAGAAUCGAAAUUACGGAGAUCAGUGAUGUACUACAAAACUUUCGACCUUAUUCUCAACCUCCGGAUGUAACCCAUAAUACUGCAGUGGGAGGACGUAGACCAGCAGCUGAUCGAGUAAACCGAUAUGGUUCGUCUGGUUCUGAUGAUACAGUUGGAACCGGCACAGGUAGAUGGAAAGUGUCUACAAAAAUACAACAAUUGCUGAAUACGCUCAAGAGACCGAAACGUAGACCUCUACCCGAAUUUUACGAAGAUGACGAUAUAGAAUUGGAAAUUGCAGCUAAUCCCAAAGAUCCUAACGCCCCCAAACCAGAGGGAAGCGGUAUGAGUCCGGCAGUAGGUGAACAACUUGUAGUACCAUCGGGUUUACCAAGAAGUUUAGAAGCCGCCAUUACUCGAUAUGGAAAUGGUACUUUUAAAGCACCCGUGGCCACUGUAUUAGAUCCUAAUGGAAAAUUAUCAGUAACAUUAACGUACGGUAAAUUGUUAAGCCGAUCGCACAAAAUAGCUUACGCACUUUUGACCAAAUCUUUUAGCAAAAACGGUGAUACUAGUCUAAAAUGUGGUGAUCGAGUAGCUCUAGUCUAUCCAAAUAAUGAUCCAAUCAAUUUUCUCUGUGCUUUUUACGGAUGUCUACAAGCGGGCAUCGUACCAGUGCCAAUAGAAGUGCCUAUUACUAGACGAGACGCCGGUUCCUUACAAAUAGGAUUUUUGUUAGGCAGCUGCGCCGUACAAGUAGCGCUCACUUCCGAAGCCUGUUUAAAAGGUCUACCGAAAACUGCUUCUGGAGAAGUUAUUCAAUUUAAAGGAUGGCCGAAAUUGAAUUGGUUCGUUACCGAACAUUUAACUAAAACCCCUAAAGACUGGUCUCCGACGCCAAGGUUAACCGAUGAAACACCAGCUUACAUAGAAUACAGCACGGACCGUGAUGGCUCGGUAAUGGGGGUAACAAUAACGCGCACAGCUAUGGUACAACAUUGCAGAAUGCUAACAAUGUCUUGUAACUACACGGAAGGGGAGAAUAUGGUUUGCGUAUUAGAUUUCAAGAGAGAAGUGGGACUUUGGCAUUCGGUAUUGACGAGCGUUCUAAACGGCAUGCACGUUAUAUACAUCCCUUACGCACUAAUGAAAGUAAACCCCGCUAGUUGGAUGCAAAUGAUUACCAAACAUCGAGCCUCAGUAGCAGUAGUUAAAUCCAGAGAUCUCCAUUGGGGUUUGUUGGCAACUAAAGACCACAAGGACGUCAAUUUAGGCUCUUUAAGGAUGUUACUCGUAGCAGAUGGGGCUAAUCCUUGGUCUUUGAGUUCAUGUGAUCAAUUUUUAUCAGUAUUUCAAGCGAAAGGACUCAGAGCCGAUGCCAUUUGUCCCUGCGCCAGUUCCAGUGAAGUUCUAACGGUAUCUGUAAGAAGACCUGGAAGGGCAGGAGUUAACGCUACAGGACGAGGCGUUUUAUCAAUGCAAGGCUUAAGUUACGGCGUAGUAAGAGUUGAUCAAGAAAAUAGUUUGACUUCAUUAACAUUGCAAGACUGUGGGCAAGUGAUGCCAGGUUGUGUGAUAGUUGUUGUGAAAAUGGAAGGACCUUCGUAUAUUUGCAAAACAGAUGAAGUGGGCGAGAUUUGUGUCAAUUCGGGCUCAACAGGUACUCAGUACUGGGGCUUGCAAGGUCUUAGUAAUAGUACGUUCAAAGUACAACCUCUAGGAACGGACGGAAAACCGAUAUCCGACGCCGAAUACACUCGAUCCGGUCUACUUGGAUUCUUAGGACCGGGUGGUUUGGUAUUUGUAUGCGGAUCGCGUGACGGAUUGAUGACGGUAACAGGAAGAAAACACAACGUCGACGAUAUCAUCGCUACUGUAUUAGCAGUGGAACCAAUGAAAUUCAUUUAUCGUGGAAGAAUCGCGGUAUUCAGUAUCAAAGUUUUGAGAGACGAAAGGAUAUGCGUCAUAGCCGAACAACGUCCCGACUGUAGCGAAGAAGAGUCAUUCCAAUGGAUGUCGAGAGUUUUACAAGCAGUCGAUUCCAUACAUCAAGUGGGGCUUUAUUGUUUGGCGCUUGUACCGCCGAAUUAUCUUCCGAAAACACCUCUGGGUGGUAUUCACUUAUCGGAAACGAAAAGAAGAUUUAUGGAUGGUAAUUUACAUCCUGCGAAUGUUUUGAUGUGUCCCCAUACUUGUGUUACCAACUUACCGAAACCUAGAGAAGUUCAUUCAGCAAAGGAAUGUGUUUCAGACGUGGGACCGGCGUCUGUAAUCGUCGGCAAUCUUGUUCAAGGAAAUAGACUUGCGAGUGCUCAAGGAAGAGAAGUUGGAGGUCUUCUUGAUGAAGAUGGCGACUCUUCUAAAAAGCAACAAUUUAUCGCGGAAAUUCUUCGAUGGAGAGCUCAAGGUACUUCAGACCAUAUCCUCUUUACGUUGCUGAAUAGCAAAGGAGCUGUAGCUAAAGUGCUUUCUUGUUCCGAGCUCCAUAAAAAAGCGGAAAGAAUAGGAAACCUUUUAGUAGAAAAAGGAAAGAUCAAUACUGGUGAUCAUGUAGCUUUAAUUUUCCCUCCGGGUUUAGAUUUGAUUUGUGCUUUCUAUGGAUGUUUAUAUGUUGGUGCUGUACCAGUUACUAUUCGACCUCCUCAUCCACAAAAUCUACAAACGACGUUACCUACCGUUAGGAUGAUAGUCGACGUAUCGAAAUCCGUACUGGUGCUGUCAAUACAGGCUGUGAUCAAACUUCUUCGAUCAAAAGAAGCUAGUAAUGUGGUGGAUAUAAAAUCAUGGCCGCUCAUCUUAGACACCGAUGAUAUGCCUAAGAAGAAAUUACCGGUGCCAUAUAGAGCUCCGACAGCUGAAAUGAUGGCUUAUUUAGAUUUCAGCGUUUCAACUACCGGAAUGUUGGCUGGAAUAAAAAUGUCACAUGCUGCUGUAACCAAUUUAUGCAAAAGUAUGAAGUUAGCUUGCGAAUUAUACCCCAGUAGGCAUAUCGCUUUGUGUUUAGAUCCUUAUUGUGGACUAGGAUUUGCUCUUUGGUGUUUAAGCAGUAUCUACUCAGGCCACCAUUCCAUUUUGAUCCCACCCUCUGAAGUAGAAGUGAAUCCAGCUCUAUGGCUCAGUGCUGUUAGUCAAUACAAAGUACGCGACACUUUCUGCUCUUAUGGCGUUAUGGAACUCUGUACAAAAGGUCUCGGUUCUUCCGUUAACCAGCUCAAAUCUAGAGGUAUCAAUUUAGCCUGCGUUCGAACAUGCGUCGUAGUAGCCGAAGAAAGACCAAGAAUGAACUUGACUACUAGUUUUUCGAAGUUGUUCAGUGCAUUAGGACUCAGUCCUAGAGCGGUAUCGACAUCUUUCGGAUGUAGAGUAAACGUCGCUAUUUGUCUACAAGGUGCUUCUAGUCCUGAACCUUCAACGGUUUACGUCGAUUUGAGGGCACUUCGUAACGAUAGAGUGAGCCUAGUAGAAAGAGGCAGUCCACACAGUUUGUGUUUGAUGGAAAGCGGAAAAUUGUUACCCGGAGUUAAAGUGAUUAUAGCUAAUCCUGAGAGCAAGGGACAGUGCGGGGAUUCGCAUCUAGGAGAAAUUUGGGUGCAAAGUGGACACAACGCAAGCGGAUACUUCACUAUUUACGGCGACGAGAGCGAAUAUGGAGAUCAUUUUAAUGCCCGUUUAGUUACUGGUAAUACAGGGGAAGUUUACGCCAGAACGGGAUAUUUAGGUUUCUUAAGAAGAACGGAAAUGUCAGAAAAUAGUUGCGUUACCGACGAAACCGUCAUUAGUAGAGAAAGCGAUAACGAGUCCUUAGGGUCAUCGCAUCACGUUGUACCUUCGGAUUCGCCUGAAUUACACGAUGCCGUUUUUGUAGUAGGUGCUCUCGACGAAACAAUAAUGCUGCGCGGCAUGAGAUAUCAUCCCAUAGAUAUAGAAAAUAGCGUUCUGAGGUGCCAUAAAAAAAUUGCAGAAUGUGCUGUAUUCACUUGGACAAAUCUGCUGGUUGUAGUGGUAGAAUUAGACGGCAACGAAAGCGAAGCUCUAGAUCUCGUUCCUUUAGUAACGAAUACCGUUUUAGAGGAACACCAUCUCAUCGUCGGAGUAGUCGUUGUAGUCGAUCCGGGUGUAGUACCAAUCAAUUCACGUGGUGAAAAGCAACGUAUGCAUUUAAGAGACGGUUUCCUAGCUGACCAAUUAGAUCCAAUUUAUGUGGCUUAUAAUAUGUAAAAUGUAACGGAUUUUUCUUUGUCAGAUUCAUAACUUUUUGAAUGAAAAUUAAGGAUAUAAGUUAAAUAUCUGAUGUUAUAAGCGAGAAUUUUAAAAUUUUGAUUUGGAAAAUUAAAUAUUUGGUAUUCAGAAAUUUCCAGAAUUUAAAUUGCGGCUUGAAACAUUUAUUUUAAGUCUAAAGAAGAUAGAAAGUGCAGUUUGGAUUAUAACACCAGUAUAAUUAAGUUUUUGGUUCAUUAUUGUUUAUGGUGGUUGUGGAUCUGGCAUUGGAAUAAGAGCCCAAUAAUAAUUUCCAGCUUAUUUUUUUUAUAAAUGUCUUGACAAUACGAUUUUAUUUUUGUUUACGGUCGUUUCAUUUUCAUUAUUGCUGAUAUCUUAUUUGAUUUUGAUUGUUAAUUUUUAUUAAAUCAAUUUUCUAAUUUUUAUUUGUUUUCAGUAGAAAGUAAAAAAUUGCAAUUUGUUGAUUAAAAAAUCUGCGCCAUGGUUUUAUUAGUGAUUUGAAUUGAAGUUUCUCAAAGUUGUCCAUUUCAAAAAUUUUUAUAUAACGAUAAAAAAUAAUUAUUGAAGUGUUUUGAACUUUGGGACGCUUUUAAGGAACUGCUCAAUUUUCUUUAGAAAAUCAAGUGUAUAUUAAAAAAAAUGUAUAAGUCGGCGAGUUAUAAAUGUAAAUAAGGCCAUUUAGUAGGGUCUAAUAUGUAUCGUUAUAAUUUUUCUUGUAUCAUUAUUUUUAAGUUGUAUAUUUAUGACUUAGUUAAUUCGCUUAGUUUAAUUGAAUUUGCAUUUUUUCAAUUAUUUUUGUCCAGAACAGUCCACAGAAAUCGAUAUGAAUAAACAAUUUGGUAUUAAUUACAAUAUUUUCGAAUUAAUUGAAUAAAUAAUAUGGGAGAUUGACAUUUGGCGUUUUAAUGAUACAAUGAUAUUUAACGUUUCAAUCAAACUUGACAUCUUAAUGACAUUUGCCAUUAUAUCACGUCAAUACGAUGAUUAAACAUAUUUAGUGUAUCAAAAUUCGCAAUUCUAGGUUAUAUUUAUGACGUCAACUUUAAUGAAACACCAGCAAAACUUAUCAAUAAAUAAAAAUGUAUAAGAUGCACUAACGCACCUUAACUUAAUCAUUUAAAAAAACUGGAUAGUUUAAAGAAAUAGUUAAGCUUCAAUAUAUGCUUUAAAAACAUAAAGAAGCACAGAAAAACGAGAAUUAAAUGAAACUAUCAAAUAAAAAGAAUCAGGACCCAUAUAACUUCCAAUCUUUCCCUAUAUUUUGAGUGACACUUUUUACAACUGACAUUAGUCCGUUAUGAAACUUGACAUUUUAUUGGCACAAUAACUUGUGAUAAUAAAAAUUGCAAUUUUAAUGACAAUUGACAUAUUACUACAAUAUAAUGAUUAAUCAUAAUUUCUAUUUAAAUUUGUGAUACCAACUUUGACAUGACAGUGAAAUAAAAAGAAUUAGAACACGCAAUAACCUCAAAAUGCGAAUAUUUCCCUAUGUUUUUAGCAUCUAAUGACCGUUUUUAAAACUGACAGGCCAUAAUAAAAUUUGACAUUUAACUUUGUUAUUGACAUUGAUUCAACCAACAACGUGAGGAAUAGGUAGUUUGACAGAUUGUCAUUUCAUGUCUCAUACAAACUAACGUAUACUGGAAUUUAUUGAAAAUGAAAACAUUAAAUAGAUAGAUGAACGAUAUAGGAUUACUAUCCUACUACUACUACUAUUUGAAUAAAUAACAGAAGUUUGUGGGUUGGCCAUUCUGUAAUAAUUUAUAUUGGCAACACUGAUUUGUUUGCUUCCAAUCAUGUGUGACAAUAAUGAAUGUACUAUAAAAAGAUCGUUCCUAAAAAAUUGUCAAUAUUUUGUAUUAUUGUUAUCAAAAUGUAUUCAAUUAUUAUUAAAUGAUAUAAUUUUAUGUUGGUAGUAAACUAUAAAGCAUUCGGAUAUAUUUUUAUUAACUUUCUCAUUUUAUUAUUCUUUAAAUCUGACAGUAUGAAUUAUUCAGUGCAGCCAAUAUUUUUUUGAUGAAUUCAAAAUAGCAAAAGUAAAAUAUCACGAGAUUGUAACUUGCAUGCUGUAAUUUCAUUUUAUAAUUCUCAUAUGGACUAACAAUUUUAUUUUCUUUUAUCCAUGACUUAUUAGCAAAUCGUUAUUAGAAGUAUUGUUAUUUAGCCAAUUUGAUCAUUUCUGUGGACUAGACGCAUAGUUUCAGUAUAGAUACCAACGCAAUGUUAGUAGCCGAUCACCACAAUAAGAAUUCUCAGUUUUUCAUUCUAUUCAAUAUCAAACUUUCAUUUUGUAUAAUUUUAACAGUGAAUACGAUUCAUUUUUGGAAAGCUAGAUCAUAGUAACGGACAUAUUUUGAAAAUUUAAAUGAUGGUACUACAGUUCAGUAAUUGGAAACGUAAUCUGUUUUCUUUGUCCCUUAUAAUUUAUGUCUACCCUACCACAAAUUUUAUUGAAUGGUCAUCACUAUUGCUGAAUAUUUAUUAUUACUUUUAGGCUAAUCAUUUUUUGGACACGGUGAUGUUAUGAAAUAUCUAAAUUUCAAAAUAUUGGAUCAUCAAUUUUAAUUAAAUUACUAAUUUUUAGGAAUUUUUUAAAAUGUGUCAACGUUGCGUUUUCAUGAACUGUUUCGUAUUUAUCACUCUAGUCUUACGAUUUAGUGGCUGCUUACGGAUUUUUUGAUAAAUAUUGUGUUUUAUUAUUACUCGUUUAUUGGAAAAGUUAUGUCCUUUAUUGCUUUUGAAAAUUUUUAUUGCUAUAUAUAUAUUUGUUUUCGUAUAUUUUCUUUAUGAAUGGGCUUUUUUACAAUGCUCAAUCGGAGUUACGGAAAAGUGUUGUAUUUAUUUAGUUCUGCACAGACUUAUGUUGAUAUACAGAUGUGACAAUAGUUAAUUUUUCAUGUACAUAUUUUAACAUAGUUUGUAGAGUUUUAAAAUAUUAAACUUCACAAUUGAAUGUCCCUUUUUAGUUAAUAUGUAAAAUGAAUCUACAUACAUGGUCACAGUUGAAAAAUUAUGAUUAAAUGUAUCUUUAUAA